AUGUCUCCCAAGGGACCCUACAGGCUCGUGACAGUCAACAAGGUCCCUGAACGGGCAAAAAGACUGAUUGGCCGCGUGACGGAAGAGCUCAAAGACCAGUACACGAUCCAGCACCUGGCAAACUGCGAAAGCAUCGAUGAAGUCGAAGGGACAGUGAAAGAGCUCCAACCAGACGUACUCUUCUGUGCCUCGAUGUGGACGCCCGAGGAAAGUUCAAGAAUCCAGCAGAUUGCCAGGAGUAUCGUGCCGGACAUCAAGACUCACGCAAUCCCAGAAGGACUGCAGGUCCAAAAGGGGCCGGAUGGCGUUGUCGAGUAUCUGAAGGAGAAUAUUCCGCGCAUCCUGGGAUAA